CAAGUUCAAGUGCAUUCUCCAAAAGUUUCUAGCUGCGCCAUGAUGGCGGCCACCUGGAGGCUGGAGGGUUGCAGUUGGCUUCUUGGCAAAUUAGCUUCAACGCUGUAAUCUUCAGCACUUUAGCGCCUGGAUCUUUCAAAUCCCGUGUAGUUCGAGUUGAUAAUGGGGGGGGGCAACAACGCGCUGCCCUUGGCCCAUCUCUUGUUUGAGAAGCCCUAAAUCUGUACCGCUUGUUGGAGAACUGCACAAGAUGAUCAGCAUAGCGUUUCUGGAGACUUUGUCAGAUCUCCGUCAGUCAGGAGUGAUGAAGAAAGGGUUUGGGAUGGCACACUUGCUGAGUUCCUUACUAGGGCCAGUAGGGGGCUGGCGAAGAGGAAAAGCGGGUCAGGAGAAAGGAGACCAUCAAGGAAAACACAAUGAGUUGGAUCGGAAGCAAUGGAUCAGUUUUCUGGCCAGCAUAUUCUACGCUGCGGUUGCUGUGGCUAUGGGAGUCAUAAACAAGGCAGUUAUUAUUGAUUUUCAGUACCCAAACACAUUCUUGACCCUCCAGAUGGCAGCCUCUGCUGCGCUUAUAUAUGCCUUGAAAUGGACAGGUGUUCUUUGGGUACGGAAAUUUGAAUGGAAGACGGCAUAUGCACUGGCGCCCGUUGUUUUCUUCUACAAUGCAAACGUAGCCUUUGCCCUGGCAAGCUUGAAGACCCUCAACUUGCCUAUGUACCAUGUUUUGAAAAGGAUCACUCCUGUGCUCAUCCUUGGGGUUAAGUCCCUCAUGGGAAACGUGCAGCCGCCAUGGCAGGUUUCUGCGUCGGUCCUGACCAUCGUGGGGGGAACAUUCAUUGCGGGGGUGGGCGACAUCCGCUUUGACAUGACGGCCUACGGCCUUGCAUUCAUGAGCUGCGUGCUCCAGGCGACAUAUCUGCUGCUGGUGGAGCGCAGCGGCGGCGAGAAGGGCAUGACGUCUCUCGAGUUGUUACUGUACAACAGCAUUCUCUCGCUUCCCGUGCUGGUGGUGCUCAUCUGUGUCACGGGCGAGGUGUACGACUCAGUUCCAGCAGUUUUCACCACCGCAGCCACGCAUGGCUCCUACUUCCUCCUCAACCUUAUUGUGUCGCUCUUCAUCGGCGUCCUGCUCAACUACAGCCUCUUCCUGUGCACGCUCGUCAAUUCUGCGCUAACCACCACGGUCGUGGGGGCUCUCAAAGGCGUUGUGGCUACCCUUGUCGGCUUCUUCAUCUUUCGGCAGGGCGACUUCAGUCCAUUGAAUAUCCUGGGCAUAACCAUCAAUACGGCGGGGGGUUUCUGGUACACCGCAGCCAAGUAUCAGCAACGGCGUGCCAAAUGCAAAGAAAGUCCAUUGCCCACUGCGGCCAUUUCUGACAGAAGUUCGAAAAGUGCUCAGGAUCUGCUGCCGACGGCCAGCGGGAGUUUGUUGCCUCUGUUUGAGGCAGCUAGAGCAGAGGAGCCACAGCGGGCUUCGAUGAUCACAAAGUUGAGGGAAAAUGGGCACGUUUCGCCACUGAUAGUUGGCUCUCGGAGAAAUCAUGAGUCGGGGGCUUCCAGGUUUGAUCCUGCGGAGGUGCUUACCCCGGGCUUAAAUAUCAGAGAUCGAGGCGUAAUUUAUGCGGAAGACCAUAGGGAAAGGUCUGAUAACAGUUCUCCUCGACGGGGGUCCGGCAGUCCGCACAAAGGUCACAAAAGGGCAUCCGGGGAGGAGCUUGUGUAAGCUGGAGCACCUUGUCUACAUUAUCACAUGUACAGUACUGAAAGGUAGGACCGGACGGUACAGUGCGCGCGUUGACCCAUUCUUCUCGACUAACCGUUCGUAAGAUCAAGUUAGGAUGCAAGUAAGUCAGUCUUCUGCAACAUGCAGUUGCGUCUCUUCAACUAGCACUCAAACCAGAAUCCAGACGCUUCAUCAAUAUCAGCAAGAAAGUCCAUGAGUGCAUGUUCGUUUCCUUUGAUCCAUGAUGGCCGGGACGCAAAGUGUGUUACUACCGAUUUUGG